AUGCCCCACCGAGCAGUAAUACGCGAGAAUGCAGAAUCAACCAAGCUACGAGUGGUAUAUGACGCCUCGGCCCGUGCGUAUGACGGUGCGCCAUCUUUGAAUGAGUUAUUACACACUGAACCCCCACUACGGAAUGAACUUUGGAAUAUAUGUGUGAAGGAAGCUGAACGUGACGCGCUGAGGUUCCACUGGAUUAAAGACAAAUCGACUAAAGAACUGGAAGUGGUGAGGUUUACGAGAGUGGUUUUUGGUCUUGCUCCUUCUCCUUUCCAACUCAAUGCCGUGAUACAACAACACCUGGAAAGUCUGCAGUCCGAGUACCCACGGACUGUGCAAGAAAUUAAGAACAGUCUGUAUGUAGAUGAUUUGAUUACUGGAGAUACUACUGUGGAAGGUGCGCAACACCUCAAACAUCAUGCGGUAGAGAUCUUUAAUCAUGCAAGGUUCACCUUGCACAAAUGGCACUCAAACGUGCCAGAACUAGAAGGCGACUGCACCGAUGACGAGCCUUCGUUUGCUAAACAACAGCUUGGUGCAUCAUCAGCUCGUGGAGAGUGCAAACUACUGGGACUCAAAUGGGACAAAGGGGAUGACACUUUACAUGUUUCAUUCCCAUCUCAGCCUGCUACAUUGACCAAGCGGGGCAUCCUCGCCAACUUAGCGAAUAUUUAUGACCCGUUAGGACUUGUGUCGCCUGCAAUGUUAAAGGGGAAACAAAUCUCUCGAGAAGCCAGUGAGAUGAAGUUGAGCUAG